AUGUACUUGUGGACGGACGGGUGGAUGUACGAGGGGGAGUGGUGGCACGGGCCGGGGCAAGUUCUCCUGGCCGUCGGGCCGGGAGUCGCCUUAGAGGGCGAGUUCAAGGACGGCUUCAUGGAUGGCGACGACACCUACACCGCCGCCGCCGGGGACAGGUACAAGGGCUCCUGGUCCAUGAACCUUAAGCACAGCAACGGCAGGAAGAGCUACGUCAACGGCGACCAGUAA